UUACUUAUAUCAAAGCAAAGAUUUCUUUCUUUCUCCCUUUCUCCCUAUAUUUCUUGUGCAGAGAGCCUCCUCCUCCUCCUCUCUCCCGCACUCUCUUUUUUCCCUCACCAACAAAUCAAAUCUUCUUCUUCUUCUUCUUAUAAAUACCCACUUUCUCUGUUUUUUUUUUUAAGGGUGUGUUUAUGUGUUUGUGAGGGCGAGAAAUCAGAAACAUUAGAGCAAGAAACAAAGGGAGUGAGAGAGUCGAGAGAAAGGGGAGGCUUUGCCGUUUUGUUUUGGUUCCCUGGUGUUGUUUCUUUCUUCUUUGCUUACAUGGUAUAGAGAGAGAUAAAAAUAAGAUAAGUAGAUAGAGAGAUAGAUAGAAGAUAGAUAGAUUGCGUAAAAACAAUAGACAAUGUCGGCUUACAGAGACAAAGAUCCUCGUAUCCAUGGCAUCCAAUCCAAGAUUCGUGUAGUCCCCGAUUUUCCCAAGCCAGGUAUCAUGUUUCAAGACAUAACUACUCUGUUACUGGAUCCUAAAGCAUUCAAGGACACAGUGGAUUUGUUCGUCGAGAGAUACAAAGGGAAGAACAUUUCAGUUGUUGCAGGUAUAGAAGCUCGGGGUUUCAUUUUUGGUCCUCCCAUCGCAUUGGAAAUUGGAGCAAAGUUUGUUCCUUUGAGAAAACCAAAGAAGUUGCCUGGUAAAGUUAUUUCAGAAGAGUACGUACUGGAAUAUGGAAGGGAUUGUCUUCAGAUGCAUGUUGGAGCCGUUGAACCUGGCGAGCGAGCUUUGGUUGUUGAUGAUUUGAUAGCAACUGGAGGCACUCUCUGUGCUGCUAUGAACUUACUGGAACGUGUUGGAGCAGAAGUAGUUGAAUGUGCUUGUGUUAUUGAGUUACCAGAUUUAAAGGGUCGUGAGCGCUUGAAUGGAAAGCCAUUAUAUGUACUUGUGGAAUCCCAUUGAUCCUUGCUGAUGAUACAGUCUGCUUGAAAUGGUGCUAGGAUAAUGAGAAGUACAUUAGAGCGCCAUGGAUAGCUACUUUUCAUUCGGAAUCUACUUUUGUUUUUACCUGAACUCUCUUCAUCAUUAGUGAAUUUAGAUAAACCUUGGUGAUUGAACCUUUGUUUUAACUAGCAGCACAGAAUCAAUGAAUUCAUGCAAUGGGCUGGAUUUGAGAAAUGCUUGUAGGACUUUUCUCAUUUUUUUUUAUUUAAGAAAUGAAUUUAUAUAAAGCCAUUCUGUCUUCCUGUGAA